CGUACGGACGGCAGUUUGCUUUUCAAGCAUCUGUCAGGGCACGAAAAAGUUGGAGCAUCGUUUUAACGUUUUUGCAAAUUUGUGAAAAUAGUGAAUAAUCUUCAACAAUAAAAAGUGCAAAACAUAUUGAAAAAUACGAUAAGUUUAGUGCGAUAGUUUGACAUUUGAAAUAGUUUGUUUUUUCCUCGGAAUAGCUGCAGGAUUGUGAAACAAAUCUACGAUGAGUCUGUCGGAAUCUUCCGCUUUGGUGGACUCGCUAGAAUUCGCCGGGACCAUGUUGGAGCGGCACGACAUUGCCGAUUGCUCCACUCCCGGACUGUUGGAGGUGACAGGAAUCAAACAAUCGGGUAUGGCAACCGCCAGUGGCUUGAACGAUUAUGAUUAUCAGAAUUUGUCUAGUCUGUCGCUGGGGCUGAAGAAUCUGAACCAACUCGCAACUGUUAACAAAAUUCCCAUACCGCCGGAGAUAAUGGAACAUUUUAAACAUAUAAAAUGCCACUGUAUGAUGGGACUGUUUCCGGAAAUCGGUCGUGCCUGGUUGACUAUUGAUUCAGACAUUUAUAUCUGGACCUACGAACACACACGAGACGUUGCAUAUUUCGAUGGACUGUCGCAUUUAAUUGUCAGUGUUGGUUUGGUUGUUCCUAAGCCGGGCGUUUUUAUAUCCGAUGUGAAGUACCUGCUAGUGCUGACCACCCCAAUCGAAAUUGUUAUUUUGGGUGUCACAUUUGGCGAUUCAAAUGCUUCCCCGAACCGAUCAAUUACUUCUUCCAUCGAGGAGAUGCAGCUAUUGAACAAACCUAUAUUUGUAAUGAAUACGGAUAACGUUGCCAUCACGUGCAUCGAAGGUACGUCGGACGGCAGAAUAUUCCUCGGUGGGCGAGAUGGUUGCUUGUAUGAAAUAUCUUACCAGGCCGAAUCCAAUUGGUUUGGCAAGCGCUGCAAAAAGGUCAAUCAUUCACAGGGGCUCAUGUCUCAUUUGGUUCCCGGGAUAUUUAAGGUAUUCUCGGAAAAUGAUUCUAUUUCGAAACUAACUAUUGACAACACACGUCGGUUAUUGUACGCCAUGACAGAGAAGGGUGCAAUCGAAGCUUGGGAUAUUGGUCCCGAUGCAAACUCUGUAAGGCGCAUUGCCCGGCUAUCUCAAAAUGAUAUUGCCUCAAGUGCAGGAAAUAUCCUCCGGACUAUAGAACCCUCAGUUUUCAAACCAGUCACUGCGUUGUGCCCUUUAUCGCAAGAGGAUUCUUCCCAAGUGCAUUUAAUUGCUAUCACACAAACAGGGGUGCGGUUCUACUUCUCAACGGUACCAGUGUUGUCCAGCAUCCAGCAUCAACAACUAAUGCAGCAGCAGCAGCUACAACAGCAACAGCCAGGAGGGUUGUCCACCUUCGACCAUCAACAACGCCCUCAAGGGUUGUAUCUUCUGCAUGUACGUCUUCCUCCGGGAUACACUCCAAACACCACUGUCGGAAAACCAAAGCAGGUACACUCAGCUUUCUACAGCCAAGGAUCGCUACUGAUGGUGUCCACUCCGCAACCCGAUCAAGAUUUGCUUUGGUCACUUAGUUCGGAACCGUUCCCAUCGCGACAGAAUCUUGUUGAAUCGUCAACAGUGAUGACGAUGGAUGGCCAGGUUUGGGCAAUCGCAGAGGUAAAGCCCAAAGACAAGGUUACCGUAGACACUCCACUACGGACUGCUCAAGUUCCAAAGAAAGUAGCCCUUCUCACCAACCAGGGGGUUCAUAUUGUGUCCCUGUUAAAAUCGGUCGAUAUCCUUCAACAGCUGCUGCUGGCUUGUCAUGGUCCGCACAACGAAGCAGUGAAGGCGUACUUUCAGGUGCAGUCGGAACCGCAAGCCUGUGCCACCAGUUUAUUGCUGGCGUGUAUUGAAAUGUUGAAGGGAACCGAGCUCGGAGAGUGGGCUGCACAGGCUUUCAUAUUGUAUGGCGGAGAACCGUACUUUGAUGUGGGUACCUACAUGGGUGGUCAUUCGGCAGCCGCCCGACCGCUUAGUUUCAAUUCACCCGGCGGCCCAGGGUUUAGUGAUAAUCAACAAGCAGGUCCUCGCAUGUAUAUGUCGACUCCUUUUUCUGCUUCUCGGCCAGCUUCAUCGGUGCAACAAAGUCUGAUGCAACAGACACAGUUCCCAAAUAGCCCAAUGCCACAAGCUAUGAACCAUAGCUUCAACAGCAAUCUACCAUUGACGGCUGAUUCGUCAAACUUCCACUAUUCUGCCAAACACGCGGGUCUGUAUUUGCACAUGUCUCGUCUAUUACGAUCGGUUUGGCGAAAGCGAUGUGUCGAUGAUAAACUGCACACAACCAUUAGCCAGCAGGAUUGCGCCCAAAUUUUGGAGGACUUAUUUGCCAUAAAACGGUUUCUGGAAUCGAUAACACUGACCAAUCUGGUUGGAUUGGUUGGGAAAAAUCUAUCAAAUGCCGGCAGUAUAAGUGGACCUGGUGGAUAUCUCCAGCAGCAACAACAGCAGCAGCAACAACAGCAACAUAUGCAGCAUACCAUGGCCGGUAUGGGAAUGCAAAGCCCAUACGGGCAACAACAACCGUCACACUUUGGUAGUCAGAGCGCUUUCUCUGGGAUCCCAGGGCAGCAAAAGAGUACGGCAGAUGAUGCCUUAGUAGAGGAGAAAAAGUCACUAGAUGCCUUGACGCGGUUAAUAAAGCACUCUUGUGAAGUUUUAGCACUCUGGAAGAUCCUUUGCGAACACCAGUGCCACCAAUUGGUGUCGAAAUUGACAAAGGACCAGCAAGCUAUUUUACAGUCGUGUACGUUCCGGGACCUGAUUUUGUCACGAUCGGAUCUAUGCGGUCUGCUGAUUGUGACGCUGAUUAACUCUUACCUUAACGAUAACGCAAGUGUUGGUUCCAUUUCGUCGAAGCUUCGCGAGGUUUGUCCCAACCUGUACCGCCACGAGGACGCAGUCUCCCAUAAGGCAACAGAGAUUCUGCUAUUGUCCAAAACAUGCAACGAUUCGGAUGAGAAAAACGAACGACUGAGGACGGCCCUGCAGCUGUGUAAAAGUGCUGCUCCCAACUUGCCAUUGACUUCGAUCUGUCAGCAAUUCACCACUGCGGGAUUCUAUUCCGGCGUGAUCGAGCUGUGCUCGAUAUGUGCGGCAAAAAGCGAUCCCAAUGAGGCGGCUUUGCACUUCUAUCGCAAUAACGAACCCGUUGAAGAUCAGGAAGGUUUCAUGGCGUAUCAAAGUCGUAUGAACUGCUACCGGGAAAUCAAAUUGAUGCUCGAACAUGUCUACACAAAUGUUCGUAACAGCAAAGGGGGCAGCAUAUAUCCAUCGUUGGAGAGUGCGGAUCGCGACAAAUUGGCAAAUAAUCAGUUAAUUUCAAUUAUAGGGUUAUCAUUACAAUGCCAGGAUCAAUUGUUACACAUCUCAGUUUACGAAUGGCUCUUGUCGCAUAAUCUACUGGGCGAACUGCUCGAAAUCAGUGAACCAUCUCUUGGUGCCUUCCUGGGACGAGCUGUAAACCGAACACCGGAGAACUUUGCCCUGGCUGACCUUUUGUGGAAAUAUCACGAACGCAAUGACCAGCAUGCUGCGGCAUCUAAAAUUUUGGACAAACUGGCCAACAUACACAGCGAAACUAUGACCCUUCAACAGCGUAUCGAAUAUCUGGCUCGGGCUGUCAUGUGCAUGCGUAGCGACACGGUUGGAUAUUCCGCUCAUAAUGGCGUAUUGUUGAAGGAUCUGGAAGAUAAACUCGAAGUGGCCCAGAUACAAAAGCAGGUUCAUGAUGCCUUGUCCAUCGUUCCAAACAAACCAUCCAUUGGAGCGGCACUUAAGAUGCUGAACGCAACACUUUACAAUCUAACGCAGCUCUAUUCGGACUUUGCCGAGCGGUUCGAUCUUUGGGAAUGUAAACUGACCAUUCUGAACUGCUCACAUCACAACGAUCCCCUGCUCAUUGAAUCAGUUUGGACCCACAUCCUCGACAAAGAACUCGAACGACCGGACAGCAAUAUGGAACGCUGUCGCCGUUUGUUAUCCAAGGUUAAGAGUUUAGCUCUCGAAUACGAAAGCUCUGGACACUGCUUCCCCUUACCGUUCAUUGUGCGCGAGCUUGAAUUGAGAUGUUUCCGGCUAAAAUUGUUCGACUCCCCAGUGCCGGAGGCAUUGAUCGAAAUGAAUUUAGACGUGGAUUCCCUGCUGAAUAUUUACUCAAGACUUGUUUCCAUGAAUGAACGCGUCUGGGUGACCGAAGAGGACGAACUAUACCUGGUGCGGUCGACGGCGAAGCUGCUCUCCAUUGUUGCUUCCCAACCGAAUUUGGUUCCGCUCAAGGACCGCCGAAAGGUGAUUGCCAAAUCGCAGGACCUCAUCUCGGCUUGUCUGAGCGUUUUGUACACGAAACCGGACGGACAAGCCUACGUGGACAAUCUACGGGAAACGCAAUCGAAGCUGAAUCGAAUCCAUUGCUAGCUGGCAGCGCGAUAUUCAAUCAGCUACGGUAACUAUAGGAUGAAAUGCGACUGUAAUAGUAGUAAUACUUUACGUAAAAUAAGUUUGUAGUUGCUUAUUACCUACUGCCCUAUACAUUGUCUAGUGCGUAUUUGUUUGUAUUUUUUUUAUUCACUGUUUUGUAUCAGAUUAAGUAGACGGAAAACAUCGUUACAAACUAAACUUGGAAAUUGUAUACAUACUCA